CAAGUCAUCUAAGUCUUGUGUAUAUAUUUCAGAAAGUAACAACCGGAUUAGCUCUAAACGUGUGAUAAAACACAAGUUACAAUGGCUGCACCAACACUUACUUUAAGUAAUGGACAAAAGGUUCCAGUGUUAGGACUUGGUACUUGGCAAGCCGGAGACGAUCCGAGCGUUGUUGAGCAAGCUGUGCGAGAUGCCGUCGACGCUGGAUACAGACAUUUCGAUUGCGCUUACAUCUACGGUAACGAGAAAGAAAUCGGUAAAGCAUUGCGAGAAAAAAUCAAUGAAGGAGUUGUGAAAAGAGAAGACUUAUUCAUUACAACAAAGCUAUGGAAUACAUCCCACAAAAGGGAACAGGUGGUACCAACAUGUAAGAGAUCAGUCCAAAAUUUCGGAUUGGGUUACGUGGACCUUUAUCUUAUUCACUGGCCCGUAUCUUAUGACGAAAAUGCCAAAGGUCUGUGGCCAGUGGAUGAGAAUGGUAAGCCCUUGUCUGGGGACGCUGAUUACGUGGACACGUGGCGUGGUAUGGAAGAAUGCGUGAAAUUAGGAUUAGCAAAAAAUAUAGGGCUUAGCAAUUUCAACUCGAAACAGAUUGAACGUGUGUUAUCGGUCGCCGAGAUUAAACCUGUUAUGAAUCAAGUGGAAUGUCACCCGAACUUGAAUCAAAAGAAGUUACGAGAAUUCUGUGCGAAACGUGGUAUAACUAUUACCGCUUAUAGCCCUUUUGGUUCGCCUAAACGAACUUGGAUCAAACCUGGCGAUCCACAAGUUACCAUCGAAGCGCCGGAAAUUGUUACGAUCGCUAAGAAAUAUGGAAAAACCCCUGCACAAGUUGUCCUGCGAUACUUGACACAAAUUGGUACUAUUCCCAUACCGAAAUCAAGCUCCAAAGAUCGCAUAAAACAGAAUAUUAACAUUUUUGAUUUUAACCUAACUCCGCAAGAAGUUGCAGCAAUAGAUAAACUCGAUCGCGGAGUUCGUAUAUGUCCAGCUGCAGAGUUCAAGGAACACAAGGAUUAUCCUUUUAACAUAGAAUUCUAAUAAAGUUCUUCGAAAUAAUUGUAAUGUAUUCCUGUGUUUGUUUGUAUUCAUAUUUUAUACAAUCUUCACCCGGAUAUGUAAUUCCUGAUACCAAUAAACUUCCGUUUUAGAAA